CCAAUGGCGGCGCUCCAUUCAACCUCUACCCACCAGUCCCGUUUGUGACGCUCAACUGUUAGUUUCUGUUUCUGUUUGUGGUUAGGGAGUCCAACUCCGUCAUGACCCGACUCAACGUUUUUUGAUAUCUGCUAAAGAUCUGUCGCGUUAGCCGCACAGUUUAGUCGCCCCGCCGCGCCGAGCCAGCCGCCAGAAUUGCCACCCGUCACGGAAACAUAUUGGGGAGUCCGGGGGCCACCGUCUCACCCGCCAUGGGUCGCAAGAAAAUACAGAUAUCUCGGAUCACCGAUGAGCGCAACCGUCAGGUGACUUUCAACAAGCGCAAGUUCGGCGUGAUGAAGAAAGCUUACGAGCUGAGCGUGCUUUGCGACUGUGAGAUAGCACUUAUCAUAUUCAGCAGCAGCAACAAGUUGUAUCAGUACGCGUCUACUGACAUGGACAAAGUCUUGCUCAAAUACACGGAAUAUAAUGAACCCCACGAGAGCCUGACCAACAAGAACAUCAUUGAGGCACUCAACAAGAAGGAACACAAGAACGGAGCGUGCAGUCCGGACAGUCCUGAGGGAGACACGGAGUACCAGCUGACUCCCCGGACUGAGGCUAAGUACAACAAAAUAGACGAGGAGUUCCAGAUUAUGAUGCAGCGGACAGCGACUAACAGGGUUGGACAGACGAGUUACUCUCUGCCAGUGACAGUCCCGGUCGGUUACAAUGACUCGUCCCUGCUACAGUCAUCGCCUCACAUGGGUCAAACCUCGUCUGUCAGUCCUAGACCUUCCUCUUCUGAUGCCGAUUCUGUCUACCCUCCUGGAAACAUGCUAGAGAUGAGUAAUGGAUAUCCUCCGUCAGCGUCGCCGGGUUUGGGUGGCUCACCCUCACCCGGUCCACCCACACACCAGCUACACAAGCCUCCGGGACAGAUGCCCCCAAAACACUCGUCACCAGCACCUCCCCGCACCAACCUCAGGGUGGUUAUACCCAAUCCCCACGAAGAGGCUACGGGGGUGGGGACGUCUUCGCUCAACACACCCGUCGUCGCUCUACAGACACCUCUCGGCUCAUACCCUGGACUGUUCACGGACCUUACCACAUCGGACAUGGGACUGGCUUCAGCUCUCAAUUGGACCACAUCUAGCCUAGCAGCACAUUCUAGCGGGUUGCCGCACCUGGGAGUGAGUAGUUCGCCUCCGCCCAGUUCGCCCUCGCCACGCGCUGUGAGGAUCAAGAGCGAGCCGAUCUCACCUCCGCGCGACCACAGCAUGCAACACCACCUGCCUCACCCGCUGUCCUCUCACCCUCAUACGCAUCACUUACAGACAGGUGUGUUGACAGGUCCGAUGGGCAGUUCACCGGGAGACCCUAGACAUGACUAUGACAACGGACCAGUCAGCAAGAGACCAAGAGACUCCUGGGCUACAUAGCCACUACACCCCUCCCUGCUCUCUACCUCAAUGAUGCAGUGAGCGCAGGGAGGUCGCGUUGUGUCGCGUCGUGACGUGUCUCAUCGUGCUUGUGUCGUGUGAACAUUCCGCGAGUGUCCACUCCACAUACAGGGCCAGAAACUUUGUUUUGUAAACAUUUAGUUAUGACGGACCAUUUUGAAAGUAAAACCACCAAAUGAUGCAUCUAUCUUUUGGAGUAUUUUAUCAAAUAUUUUUCUUCUAUAGAUUUAUCUAAGAUUUUACUGUCUUUGAAUUUCCACCACCAGAUUCUCAGCUGGGUGUUUGGAAUGCUUAGUAAUAUAAAGAUUGCUGGUUCGAUCCUUGUUUUUAACUUUUGGCUUUUUAAAAGAUAAAUUAUAACCUAGCUUAUAACGUCACAAAGUUGCACAAGUCAUCUCAUUCAAUUCUUAACUCACAAAGUAUUCUUAAUAAGCUUAAGAUUUGCACUGAAAGUGGUUUAAAAAAUGUGAUUAAGAUGGAAAAUUAGGUUCAGAUACAAAAUGGGCCGCCCGAUUAAAUGUUCACAAUUUCAAUAAGGUUUAUUACCACAAAAGUAUAAUGUCUUAUUGUGAUGCCUUCUAAAGUGGUAAAAGUCUGGACCCACAACUGUACAUCACCUCUGCGCCAUAGAGUAACAUAGUGACUGACAAAUUCCAUAGAGGAAACAGCAUUUCAAGUGUUAGGACCAUAAACAUGUUAACACGAUAUUCUUGAUGUAUCGUUUUGUGUGAGAUGUCGUUUUAAUGUGUUUAUACGUGUCCUUAGAGGUUAUAUUCGUGUUAAGUGUAAGCUGUUAUAUCUGGAUCUAUUUUGAAUAGGGAAGGAUCGACAUAUUUUAUUUAUCUUGAAAAUGAUUGGAAAAUAUAUUUAUAGAAAUCGCCUAUUGAGAUUGUAGAAUAUAUUGAGUCAACGUAGAGAGAUAAUAUAUAUUAUAUAUAUACAAUUUGUAAUGAUAGGAGCCCACUUAUUAGUCACUGUAGGUUGUGUUUUAUAUUUAACUUGAAACAAACACCAAGAAAAGGGUGUUGAUAGUCAAAUUUGUGUGUUGUUUCUAAGAAGAUUGUGUGGUAAAUUUUGUAUAUAUUUGUAAUAUAAUUUAGCUCUUUAAUUUGAUUUUAACUCAUUAUAUCUUUUGGUUUUAAUUAUAUGUCCGACCAUUUGAUUGUGGACGAUAUUGUUGAUUUAUAUUAAGAAUGACCGUAUUUAUCUUAUUGAGCGAAUAAAAAUGUUAACGCCUACCUAAGAAAAUAAUAGUCCGUUUGAAAUAUUUAUGGAGUCUAACUGCACUUGUUUGAAAGUAAAACACACCAGUUAAAAGAUUGUUAAAAUUCUGUAGAAUUUUAUUUCUUGUUUAUAUAACGUAAUUUUGGUGCUUUUUUUUGUUGCAUAGUUAUAAUGUAUUGAAAGAUUUUUAUCUUUGUUAUCUCGGUUCAAAAUGAACUAUAUUUUUCUAAACUGUUCAAUGAAGGAUGAUAUGCAGCAUGUAUCCUAACAAUUUAGUCGUCGGGAGUUGAGUAAUUGAAAUUUUGUAUUUUUGUAAAAAUAUUGUGAGGUUUGUUGACCAAUUCGGUAGUUGGAUGGCCGUGAAAGAAAUGGCAAAAUGACAUUAAUGGAAAACUUACAAACUUUCACUGGUUUUUGUUUGCUAUUUUAUACUAACUAUAUUAAUAAGGUACGCACAUGUUUUUAAGUUAACCAAAAAAAUAUUAUGCUGGAUACAUUUGCUGCAUUAGAUCCUCCAUUGAGUAAAGUAGUUUAAAAUAAUCAUUUAACUUAUUUACAAAAUUGUUAAAUAUUUUAUCCUUAUGAAAUCGUAAUGAAUGGUUGUUAAACUAACACAUACAAAAAUAUUAGAGAUUAAUUUUAAAUCUCAAAUUUAGUUUUAAAAAUGUUUGGCAUCAUCUAACUGUAUUUUUUUGUUAAACAAGUUUGAAAUCAAGAUGAACUGUUCAUCGAUCUGACAUAUUCGUGUUGAUAGCUAAAUUGUAAGAAGUUUUAAGCGUAUUGAUAUUUUUUGGCAAAUUUGUGAAAAUGACUUCCAUAUAUGCUUAUGAAUCAAUUGCGUUAAGUACUAAAUUGUUUCUUGACGGAGAUGCAAAACUAACCACUGUGUUAGUAUCGUUAAUCAUCUGGGCUGAAUUGAAUACAUUUGAAUCAACCAAUUACUUCCGUUGUUUAUUGUUGCAAAUUGAUUUACUUGUAGGUUGGAAAGCAUUUAUUAAACUGUGAGUGUUAUGUACCAAAUCUGCUCAACAGUUAGUGUGUCCUUGCACCUGUAUAUACUUAUCAGUGUACGUGUGAUGUCGCUUCUCCUGGUGUUAGCCUUACACAGUGCCUCUUCCCCGUGGCACCCACCCAUGUUUGUGCCUUAUCGGCUCACAGACAGCUUUCUAAACGACCCCCCGAGUACAAUUCCAAUACUCAUUUAGUAUUAAAUUAGGACCGUGUAAUGUAAGUUUGAAAUCGUAAGUCAGGCGACCCUUCCGUCAUUGACUAUUGGAUACUGAAGUAGACAUCUCAUCUGUUGCCUAUUUUUACCUAAAAGAGAACAUAGUGUUUUGAGCCACACAGAGAAUGUAUUAGUGUCUAAAAUUAUAUUUUUGUCAUUUUUUGUUGCUGGGUCGUAACAGUUCAUAUCUCACAAUAUGUGAUUCCAUCAGUUUGACUUGGUAAAAAAGUUUGUGUAUUCGACAAAAAUUAGUAAUUUAGAUCAGUGCAGUAUCGGUGGCUCACAUCAACUACAACAAUUUUGAUUUAAAACUGGUAACAACUUUAACAUGGGGAUGGAAUGUCUAGUUGUAUCAAUAGUCAAUGCUUCCGUGCAGGUGAAAUGAAAUUUACAUCACUUAGAAACUAAGUAACUGUGAUAAUUUUGAUAUAGGCGAGGUCAAAAUUUAGAAACAGGAUUUCACUCAGAAAUGUCUCGAGGCACAAAUGUCAAGUUAGAAUGUAGGGUUGCGUGUCACAUACCCACUUUCUGUGCCUUCCUCAGUCACACGUGAUCAGUCACGUCUGUCUGUCUUCCACCGGAGGCGGAGUAUCGAUAUCUAUGUUACCCUUUGUUGUUCUAUCUGUUACUCUAUAUCAUAUAUAUAUCAGAGAUGUUGUUCCUCAAUGGAUGGUGCUAGUAUCGUCGUCUCCUUGUUCGAUGUUCUGUGAUGGCGUUAUAAACAGGGUUCACAUCUCGUGUACAAAGGACCAGUGCCAUGCAGCCUUAAAUGUUGCCAUUUAGUGUUUUUAUUUUUGUUACAAGAAAAUCCGUCUCAGUUUUUCACAGAGGGUCUUGCUAGUGAAAGUUGUACAAUAAUUUUUGCUACGAUUGGGAAUUUUAACUUUUGAUUAAAUUAGUUUGUUAUCAUCCUGCGACCCGCCCUCAGCCUGAACAGUGUGAGCACAAUUUCAGCCAGUAGCUACGUCGGUGUGGGAUGUAUACGUGUCUUACCGUACGAUUCUAUGUUAUCAGAUGUUCGUCGUAUUGUUUAGGAUUUGUAUAAUGUUUUCGCAGCUUAAUAGUCAUCAACGCUUUCGACACUGGUUAUUCGAGAAUUAUACAGAAGAAAUACUCAUUAUUUUCUAACGAUUGAAGUAUUUUUAAGCUACGCAUCACAAUAGCCUUUAUAUUUACAGGUACGAUCCGUUAGUUUUCAGAGAAUGCCGUUUACAUCGGACAUAUCCAGACAGUACGUAAUGUCGAGCCACAUUAUUGAACCGACCAGCCUUUUGGCACUGUAGUCAAUUGUAGGGAAAGCUAUUGUUUUUAUAAUACUUUAUAUCACAGAUGCAAGAUGUUAUUAAGACGUGUAGUGUUAAUGUUACUGUUACAUGUGAAGCUCGUGAGGUGCAGGCUUUCUGUGCCGCACUCUCCAAUCAUACAGAAUGUCUUGUAGAGAGGCGUUGUAUAUUUUCUUAAAAUUGUAAAUAAAAUGCCAGUUUACAUCUCUUAUGUAAUACUUUCUGAGUUGUUUAACCAGUAACAAUACUCGUAACUCCUAAAUUAAUAUUUAUUUAUUGAGUUUUUGUUUGCUAGUUAUCGGCCGAUUACGUCGGACGAUGAUCCAUUGAUAUUAUAAUCAAAAACGAUGUCGUCGGUUCGAUGUUGAUAGCUUUACGCCUGCACCUUAGGCCAUACCAAUCAAACAUUGUGUCAUAUGGAUUAGUAUAUUGUACAUAAUAUGUAUUGUAGUGUAUCAUAUUUUUACAGUCGGAUUCCGUUGCAUUGCCGAACGACUGAUCGUUCAUGGCUGAUAGUGCAAUACUGUGUAGAGAGAGUGAAUGCUAUUAUUAUAUUAUUUGUAGCUGGUUUCAAUUAAACGAUAGAUAUAAUUAUUUGUUACGUAAUGUUUGAAAGAUUAAAUAUAAGAAAAUAAUUA